AUGGAAACUCCAACGUUUCAAGAGACCCAUUUGCUGAUUCAAACAAGUACCGAAACGCCUGGUAAUAUGAUCAACAACAGCUUCAUCCUUGAGAAUACAACAGAUAGUGAAAAUUUAAUUAUCGCCUUGAAAAGUACGAUAUUAAAUUCGAAGGAAAACGAUUUCAAUUCUGCUGAAUCACGUUCCUCACUUACAUUAACGGAGGGUGAAUUGAACAAUCCUGAUUUAGAUGACCUGACAUCGUUAUCCCCAUCAGAUAAUGCCGCCGAUAAAGGCGGUAAAACUACCAAUGACGUCAGUGUUGAAACCGAAUCUUCUGAAUUGAGUGACCUGGCACCAACGUUAACUAUUAACGUUCCAACUUUCACUGAUGAAAAUUUGUUUAAGAACGUCGGACAGGGGGAAAAGGACGCAACUCACAGCUUAACUUCCCCGACUUCACCAACAUUGGGAUCUGCCAUCUUCGACUUGAGUGUGUCCAGAUUCAAGUACAUCCACAAGCCUGAGCUCAUCCCAUACCAGGGGAUGAAACAACCACCAUAUGCUGAGGAUAGUGAUCCUAGGGUCGCCGAAUUCAUAAAAUCGAAAGCUUCUUCUGACCAUUACAUUGAAAAUGGUAGAAUCCGUAACACAAUUGAUCGGACUAACCCAAACACUCAUCGAGCCGGUGGAGGCCAUAGGCUCAAUUCGCAUCAGCUUAAAAGUACACCAAGAACGGAAGAAAACAUUGUCGCUUUAUUGAAAGAUGAUAGAGUUAUUAAUGAGCAUAACCGUCACCUCAGUACUUCUACCACCACCGAAAGCGUACCAAUGAACGAUGAACCGAUUUUAGUAGAAGUGUACAAGAAAUUCCAAGAAUCAGAAGUCCCGAUAUCAAGCACAGAUGUAAAUGAUGGACUGCCGGAAAGUUUAUCCUCUGAAAAUGACGUCAAUUUGUUUAUGAACACAACUGCUAAAACAGAUUCUCUUGAAGUUGAGGAAUUUUGGACGCCGACUCCCACUAGUGGUGAUGUAGUGGGUACCGGCCGCGUCUCUGGUCACUCGAGUGACGUUGAUAUGAGGAUCAAUUCAACAACUACUAAAACAGAAGUACAUGGAAAACAGAACUCUUCCGCACCUUCUCUGCCUGAAGGAUCAGGUCACGAGGUGGAAUCAAAGUUGAUGGAUCAGGAUAUUCACAGCAUGUGGAAAGCAUCUACCAAUCCAGGAUUCACUCACAGGAACUCGAAUGAUCCUCACUCCCCCUGCCAUGCAGCUCCGUGUGGACUGAGAGCGAUUUGUCACCCUACCCCCAUCACCCAUGAAGAUGACAACAAAAACCAUGAGGGUGUUCCAGACCGUGCAGCGACACCGUUGGAAAUCACCCUGAAAACCCGAGAGAAGUUGUUGAUCCCAAGCAUGAGGUCCUUUUCAACACCCGCUGAGGGUGAAUCAGCCGUUUCGUCUACUAGCAAAAAUCAACCGCAAAUUCACGCGGCAGAAACUGCCACGAAAACUAUUAGAGGACCGAAAUCGGUCCUCUCUCGAAAGAAGAAAACUUUGUCAAGGGAAGCUCUGAAGAAAACUUGGAAUUCAGAGGGCCAAAGUGAGGGUAAACCGCAUAGAAAGACGAGAACAGUGUCGGAAAUGAGGGUUGGGCCGGCGCCGUUCAUCUGCCUCUGUCCUGACAGGAAGAUUGUGCAACCCCAUGAGUCGUGCUCUGUUGUACCACUGAACAUCACCCCCUCGGCGGUGUCCCUCCCCCACCACCCAGGCGGCAACCCGCACCACACCCGCCAGCUAUGGGCGGUAGGUGCGGCGUCGGUGGUGGUGAUGGCGGUGCUGGUGGUGCUGGGGGUGAUGGUGUGGAGGUCGAGGAGGUACUUCGGCGAACUGUCCAAGAAGAAGCGUUUCAUGGGGUCAUCGACCAACUUCAACCUGAGCCACGCGACAAAAAGUUUCGUGCACGCCUUCGCAAGCAACCCUAACUACUACACCAACACCGCAACCCCAACCUCAACCCAAUUCGGGUUGAACGGCGUUUUUGAAACGAGUUUCACCGACCAAAUCGGCGAUACCAACGCCAUCUUUUCCAGACUGGCGUCGUCCAGGAACAACUCGGACACAAAUGCCAUAUUUUCCAGACUGGCGUCGUCCAGGAACAACUCGGACACGAAUGCCAUCUUGUCCAGAUUGGCGUCGUCCAGGAACAACUCCGACACAAAUGCCAUAUUUUCCAGACUGGCGUCGUCCAGGAACAACUCGGACACAAAUGCCAUCUUGUCCAGAUUGGCAUCAAUAACUUCUACACAUUUGAGCCUGAAAGACACAACUUCAAUUUUUGGAACGUCUCUAGGGACGACAGAGAUGCCAGGGACGCCGGGGACGACGCGUCCCGUGCGACGUCUGGACGCGGGACGCCUGCGCUUCGUGGGCGAGUUGGGCGAAGGCUGUUUUGGCAAAGUCUAUAAAGGGCUUCUGCAAGAAAUGAAAUCUUCACCUCUGUUGGAAUACUCGAAAAUGUGCGACUUUGAAACAAGAAUGUUGCUACCUGCUUCAGAUUUACACUGUCCUCGUGCAUCUGGCAACCCUGACGCUGCUGCCAGUGGCGCGAUGCAUGCGAGUCCAGUUAAAGAUGAAUGCCAUUACGUGAAUGAAAGUUUACUCACUCGAUCUGAAGAAAGUGAUGAAAAUAAUUUUGAGGACUUGGUUGUGGCCGUGAAAGUGUUGAAAGAGACCACAGGGAGCGCCGGAGGGGCACUGAGGGAGGAUUUCAUGAGGGAGGUUGAAAUGAUGUCAGCUUUUGACCACGAGAAUAUUGUGCGGUUGCUCGGUAUCGUCGUCCCAGACCCCCCAAGGACACCAUGGAUGGUCUUCGAGUACAUGGAGUUGGGAGACCUGGCAAACCUGCUUCGGACGCGAGCACCUCCACUCAUGUUGAACAUGAGGUCCUUUAGGAGAGUACCCAAGUCAAAGGGAAAGGUCCAAGGAUACCUAACUCCUCAAAGUCAAGAAUCCCUUGUCGAGAGCCUACUAAAUGAUGAACCACAGACGGAACAGAACUGGAACCAUCGGGGUAGUACCCCACGAUUCCAAAACCCAAACGUUAGUUUAAGUUUCAACAGUGAGAAAAACGAAGAGGGUCUCGCCGUGUUUUGUGAUCCCAACGAAAAAAUUGGGUAUCAAGGAUCUGAAACCUUGAAGCUCGACGAAAACAGAAUUGGAAAACAUUUGAUUGACCCCAACCUCAACCGAAAAGCAAUCGAUCAAAACCAAGACUUAUUUGGACCAAACUUGGUGGACUCGAAGAAAAGUUGGAGGCCCCGUUCAAGUCUCUGCGGGUUAACAAGAAGCAUUGUCAACAAUUCCGGCAGGGGUUCAAUCAACGGCAAAAGUUCCAUAAAAGAACGGCCUAGGUUUUCCUGCCCUGAUCCUUUUAACAAAAACUUUGGAAUUGACGACAGUGGAAAGUGCGAAGCAGAAUUCCAAGUUUUUACUAAGGAAACGGGGAUUCAUGACCACCUCGCUACCGAUCCUCGUCAGGAAGACGACGAUGAAUCUGAUAUAGAAGACGAUGUCACCGUGGACGAGGAAGAUCUGAUGGGAUCAACCUUCGAUCAGAGGGCGUUACUGCAGAUGGCAGUGGACGUGGCCGCUGGCAUGACCUACCUCAGUGGCCGCCACUUCGUCCACCGCGACCUGGCCACGAGGAACUGUCUCGUCAGCGCCGCUGGCGUCGUCAAGAUAGCCGAUUUUGGCAUGAGCCGCGACAUCUACACUAGUGACUACUACAAG